AUGACCUCCCGCGAAGAAACAGUCCUGCCUCCCAUUGAUCCUUCCAUCUCGGAUGAGAAUGAUUGGUGGGAGUUUGGCUUGUCCGAGGUUAAGGUCUUACGACCAGGGAAGAUGCUUUAUGCGAACCUCCUUGAAGCCACUGAGAAGAAUCCCGUGCAAGUUAUUGGAGAGCUGCAGCUCAAACCGAAUCAGGAACACUUGGUACUGAGCCCUGAUGCCCUCUCCAAGCGAAUGAUCAUCGACGAUGUCACCCACUAUGCCUACGGCCAAGCAGAAGAUCGUAGCGUCCAGCUCUGGGUUGCUGGAAGGGCGGGUUGGUACCGGAUCUCACCCGCCAAGGGCUACCUGCCUCACUUCAAUCGCAUGGUUCAGGCUGUCGACAUGUACUACUUCCUGAUAGACAGGCAUCAACAUGGAAAAAAGCAGCUUAAUCCAACCUACAGAAACCUGUGCGAACAGUACGUCUUCCAUACACAUGGCGAUUGCGAGACACGGGAGCAGUCAGCUGAGACCUUCGGAAUGCACGGUCCUUUUCUCCUCCGCUGCAUGAUUGAGGAUGAUGAAGACAUGGAGUGGAACAAGACUAAUGUUUUCAUCCAUCUCCGUCGUCAAUUCAAAUCUAGCAAUGACGAAGAGGAGGAAGAGGACGAGCCCGAAGUCAUGACUCCUCGACACGACCCAGCUGCAAUUGCCAAAUCACAAACCGAUGCUGUCUAUCAUCUCAUACAAGAACUCAAAGACGAGGGACACCUCGCCAAACGCCGAUUACACAUGGACUUGUUGUCAGAACGAUUGUCAAAACGCUAUUCAUUUAGCAAAGAAAACGCCCACAAGAUCAUCGCCGCUAGGGCAAGUGCCGUCCUUGAAAAACUGGAUGAAGAAGACAUACCUGGCUUCAAAUGGUCUCGUUAUGUGAUCCACCGAGAACUUACUCACGCCGCCACUCUGCCCGACCCCUUACCCCCCGCUCUUCUUACACCCUUACAACCCAUCGAAGACUCCAGCGACGACGAGGCCCUUAUGCGAACCCAUAAGUCUGUGCUCCGUCCCAAAAACGCCUCAGUUUCCCGCAAAGUGAUGGGUAAACGAAAUCGCAAUGGAACCGCCGAUCAAAAGCCCACUCAGUCUGAUGACGAUGAAGAUCAUGAUGACAAUGAAAAUGACGAUGACGAUGAUCCAGACGCCAUGUCGGACGUGGAGACACCUAGCAAAAUCCGCGGCCAUGAGCUUAUUCGAACUCCAUUGGCUUCUGCCAAACCCCAAACCAGAUCAUUCCUAGGUAGAUCUGGCACAGCAACCUCUCUCCUACAAACCAUGCUCCAGGAUACCCCACAAACCUCUACCACCCUUGCAUCUACUCUACCCAUUGAAAAUUCAAUACUCGGAAAUAUUCCUCCACUUCCUGAUUUGACCACUAACACUGACCCUGACCCUGACCCUGAACCCGAGCCAGAACCUGAUACUUGGACUUGCCGCAUGCAGGAUUGUUCCAAGGUAAUCACGACCAAGGGCGAUGAACGCCAGAAAGAAAUUGAACAUCAUGCCGGCGAGCAUGACUGGGAAAUGCAAAUGCGAAUUGAGCUCGUCGAGUCAGAGCGACGCAUGCAUUCCGUCUUCCCUGUUAGCAAUCUCAUCAAGUAUCUGCUAGGUCAACACCUACAACAGAUGCGCGAAGCAUUCCCGGAAAUCCAUCACGGCCGGACUGGAAUCAAUGGUAUCAAUGGAAAUGGAGAUGAGAAUGGGAUGACCGAACAAUCACAAUCUGUUGAUGAUGAUGAAAGUUCCAUUGAAACUCCAAGUCGCCCGUCUUUAGUGGAGCGGAACCAAGAUAUGAAUGGCCAUACGAGCUGA